AUCCCCUCGACUCAGGACAACACGGCCAUUAAUUAUGGACGCUUCAUCCUGGAUAGAAGCCCAAUCUCGCCAUUCAUACUCCGUGUUUUGAACUUCCGCGUGAGACCUACAUACCCUGCAUCCAAUGAGCACAACGCUUCUAUGUCUCUCGCUUCUUUGGAGCUAAUUUGUCGUGCUAAUGGCAUUGCAUAUCAAGGCCCUAAACAAUGAUACCAGCUUCCUGCUUACGUUUAUCCCCUCCAUAUGCCCAGCAGAGCAGAAGUUCCCCGAAACCUUUCCCGGCGCCUUCACUAUUCUAAUAGAUCCCAUCGUACCUCUCAAGAUCGACGACGUUGACCCCAAGCCCUCAUCUUGUAUCUCCUCGCUUAAUGACAUAGCGGAACCAGAUGCAAUUCUCAUAUCGCAAACCCUACCCGACCAUUGUCACGAAGAGUCACUAUGUCAGCUAUCACCACACAUACAGUCCAUGAUUGUGGGCGAACCCAAUGCAAUCAAGAAGGUUAAACGAUGGAAGCAUUUCGAUCUUGGAAAUAUGUAUGCACUGAGACGAUAUAAGAAUGGCAGGAAAGAUACGCUUUUUCGGGUGGAGCUACCUCCCCCCUCGCCAUUGGGUACAUCUGGCGAGCUCACUAUUGCGCUGUUGAAUUCUAAGGUUAGUUCAGCAGGCAGCGUACACAACGCCAUUGGUAUCACAUAUCGCGAGCCAGGUAGUGUCCUUUCACGAAGUCGAGCCAUGACCGGCGCACCGCCGAGCUCUCGAGCCUCGAGCGCGAAACCGAUGAGUAGUAUAAGCUCAGAUAUGACUUUUGCAACGACGGCGGCUUCUAACCCCGAGCCAACCCUUUCCGUCUUGUACAGUCCUUACGGGGUCUCCUUUGACGUUGUUCAACCUUGGAUUUUGGGCCACCUUGUCCCCGAGUCUGCUCUCCCACUUGUCGCUAUGCUUCAUUCCACAACUGUUGUGGACGCGCCGUGGUAUUCCGGCGGUAACAUAUCCACCGGCUACCCUGGAGGGUUUGAACUUGCCAGGCGCUUGAUGCCAACUACAUGGAUAGCCGCAAAUGAUCGACACAACGUCCUUAGUGCAACAGCGAAGAAAGUUGUACGUAAGGAUUUUGACGUCACAGACGCGCAGAUGCAACUUUGGAAUGAGCUUGCGGCCAAAAAUGUUGAAAGAAAGCCAAAGAUUCUGAGAUUAAAUCCUGGUGAGACGUUGAGAGUGGAUAGGUUGACUGCCGAAGCGAUAGUCAAGGCGAUGACUCGAAAUACCAAGGAGGAGGAAAAGAUAGCGAACCCGGAGGAACAUACGACUACGGAUCAUGAAGAACUGCAAUGAAAAUAUAAGUUGGAGCCAGGAUGAAUGAGGUUCACCAGCUAUGAGCUUGCGAUCCCAAGUCGUGGCCUAAGCUUGACUGUAGUGCUUAAUUUGAGAAGAGGAGAGGUUGGGUGGGCAUUAUAGAUUCGACGAUGUUAUGAACAAAAGUCCAUGUUGAAAACAUGCAAUCAUUCAAUGUUUAUUCUUCU